UCCAGACAAUCUAUGGUGUACCAUGGCGGAUUUACCAUAUGUACGCGCACGUGUAACGUAUCCUAUACGCGAUAACAUUGUUAUUUUAACGUUUUUAUAAUUCUAAUGAUGUAACAAGAUCCUUUUGUCCCAGACGAUUCGUUUUUAAGUCUUGGAUUAUUCUCAACGUUUUUUUACAAAUUCAAGGAUGAGCACGAUUCUGGAGAAAAUUGCCUCUAUCGAGGCUGAGAUGGCUCGGACUCAGAAGAAUAAAGCGACUUCUGGACACUUGGGUCUGCUAAAGGCGAAAUUAGCCAAACUCCGGCGCGAGUUGAUCACUCCGAAAGGUGGCGGUGGAGGCGGCGAACAAGGUUUUGAAGUCGCCAAGACCGGUGAUGCUCGCAUCGGCUUCGUCGGUUUUCCAUCUGUUGGGAAAUCCACUCUUCUAAGCACACUGGCUGGUGUAUACUCUGAAGUAGCCGAGUACGAAUUUACAACACUUACUACAGUUCCUGGAUGCAUAAAAUACAAAGGUGCAAAGAUACAACUGUUAGAUCUUCCAGGUAUUAUAGAGGGUGCAAAGGAUGGUAAGGGACGUGGACGACAGGUCAUAGCUGUGGCACGAACCUGCAGCCUGAUCUUCAUUGUUCUGGAUGUGCUCAAACCGCUUGGCCACAAGCGAUUAAUCGAGCAUGAACUGGAAGGUUUUGGACUGCGAUUGAACAAGCAACCACCAAAUAUUACUUUCAAGAAGAAGGACAAGGGCGGUAUAAAUUUGCAAACCUUGUGUAUACAAUCCGAGCUCGAUUUCGACACGGUGAAGAUGAUCCUGUCGGAGUACAAAAUAAGCAACGCAGACAUCACAUUGAGGUACGAUGCUACCUCUGACGAUCUGAUCGACGUUAUAGAAGGAAAUCGCGUUUACAUCCCUUGCAUUUAUCUAUUGAAUAAAAUAGAUCAAAUAAGUAUAGAGGAGCUGGAUAUUAUUUAUAAGAUUCCACAUUGCGUGCCUAUCUCUGCACAUCACAAAUGGAAUUUCGAUGAUCUACUAGAGAAGAUGUGGGACUACCUACAACUCGUUAGAAUUUAUACCAAACCGAAAGGACAACUCCCAGAUUAUAACGCGCCUGUGGUAUUAAAUACUGAAAGGCGAACCGUCGAAGACUUCUGCAAUAAACUUCAUAGAUCGAUUGCGAAAGAAUUUAAAUACGCGCUAGUAUGGGGUUCAUCGGUGAAGCACCAACCGCAGAAAGUGGGGAAGGAUCAUCUUCUUUGCGACGAGGAUGUUGUGCAAAUUGUAAAAAAGGUGUGAUCUUAUCGUUGUAUUGCUACUUCUCGGCGUAAAAAUAAAAUUUAUUAAUGAGAUUGAUAUGAAA